AUGACGACUUUUGUGAUCAAGUUGCGAGUAGAAGACACCGAAGAUGGAGGAGGAAAUACUUCACAAAACAAAAUCUAUACCUGUAACGUCUGCGGCAAGAAAUUCGAUUCCGGAAAGGCCUAUGGAGGUCAUAAGAGAAUCCAUUCAAUGAGGAUCAUCGGUAAAUCCCGAAAGGACCAGCCGCAAGCCGUCAAUGAGGUCGUCAAUCUCCAGCAAUAUCCUGAUGGUGGCGAACCAAGGUACAUCAAGUGUUCUCGCUGCCCUAAAACUUUCCGCACCGAAAAAGCAUUUGAGGGGCACAAGAAAACUCAUCAUCAUAAUAUCAAUGACAACAUUGUGCAACAUGAUCAUGAUCACGAGUCUUUAAAAUCUCCGUGCUUGAAUGGCGCCGGAUUGGAAGAAGUAAAAUCGGAAGUUGACAACCAAAAACAUCCGGCCAAGGCGGGCGAAAACCGUGCAAUGACAUCGGAUCUCGCGAAAGCGUUACCACCUAGUUGGGGCGUUACUGGUAAAAGAGGGCAGUAUUGCGCGGAUGAGGCAUUGCUUCCGCUUAAGAAGAGAAGAAUCGAGCUUUCAUUUGAAGUCUACAAUGAGAGAAAGCCGUUGGUUGCGGAUGACAUGAAUGGAGAAAAAAGUAGCAUGAAGAAGACAUUCAAUGAGGUUGCGGUUCCAAAUAAGAGGGCUUUUGCAUUUGAUCUCAACGAGAUUCCGCCAUUUGAUAUUGAAGAUUAG